GGUCUUGAGUUGGCAAAACGGGACUCUUCCGUGUUUGUGAAUCAGUCUAUGCGUUCGGAGGCGGCGAAGGUGAGCGCACGGGAGUGCGACGCCGAAGUAUUUUAUUGUUUGUUUUUUCUCUGUCCAUAUAAAGUCUAUUUUAAAACCUACAAUUUCUCAGGACUUACAUUGGACUAAAAAUGAGUACGUACGGGUCCCAAACUAGACUCCCCACGAUGAGUAGGAGAACCAAUUCCCGGCCCGAUCUGUCCAGCCCAAGUUUCACCUACAGCAGGACCGAGGGGAACGCAGGCGGUAAUGGAUUCUACCCGGAAAUGAUGGACGGAUCCAACACCAUUUAUUACACCAAGACUAUAAGCGGGGGACAUGGCGGGGGACAUGGAGGAGUACAGUCCAUUCAUCAAAAAGCACAAUUCCUGCAAAGUCAAUUUAAGGAGUAUCUGAACAAAGCAGAGUUCAGUCUGCAGUCUGGUGGUGCAGCGGAUGCGGACAGGUUCUUGGAAAUGUCCUCCGUUGUCCUGGAACAGCUGCAAGGCUGCGGCAUACAGCUGGAACAGAUGGGCCAACCCAGCGACAGCAUCAUGAGGAAUGUGGACCAGUGCCGGGACCAGUUGAGGGUGAUCCACUUCAGCAUGAACGGCCAGGCCCCCCCGCAGCGCAAGAAUCGGGGCGGCUCCAUCGGUCACGACGGGGGGAGGGCCUUCCAUGAGGCCAUGGCCUGGAUUGCCCAGCAGAAACGCCUGGUAGAGACCGCUCCCUGGGGAGACGACCAGGCCACCAUCGAGCAGCAGAUCACCAAGCACAGCAAGUUCCACAGCGCCAUCCAGCGGAGCCCGGAGGUGGAGCGCGCCCGGAUUGAGCUGGAGCAGAAAGGAGAAAGAUCGUUCAGACAUGCCCUGGACCAGGAGUGGGACAGUCUACAGAAAAUGUCCUGCAGCAGGUCCAACCAGCUUCGAGACCUGUCGAAGAUCAUCGAGGAUAUCUCCCGAGAGAUCAUAUGGGUGAACGAACGCGAGGAGGAGGAGCUAGUGUUCGACUGGGGCGACAAGGACAUCGACAACUACAUCCCCAAGAAGCAGGAGAGCUACUCAAGGCUGAUGCGUGACCUGGAAGAGAAGGAAAAGGAUUUGAAUAAACUCAAUCAGAAAGUGGAAAAUCUAAUGAAGAAUAACCACCCAGCUUCCGAUAAGAUUGAGGCCUAUAAGGACACUCUGCAGACCCAGUGGAGCUGGCUGCUUCAGAUCACCAAGUGCAUCGACACACACCUGAAGGAGAACGCCGCCUACAGCCAGUUCUUCAAGGAGGCAAACGAGACGUAUGGCAAGCUGCAGAAGGAACAUGAAAACAUCCGCAAGAAGUUCACCUGUGACAAAGGAACAUCUCUGGAGAUGCUUAUGGAGCUCAUCAAGAACCUGCAGAAGGAGAAGGAGGUGAUCAUGGAGAACAAGCGGCAGGUGCAGCACCUGGUCAACAAGUCCAAGAGCAUCGUGAGACUGAAGCCCCGGAACACCCACGAGAAGAGCGGCAGUCCUGUGAUCGUCAAGGCGCUGUGUGACUUCAAACAGGACCAGAAGCAGAUCCUGAAGGGCAAUGAGGCCAUCCUGAAAGACAACACCCAGCGCAGCAAGUGGCACGUGACGGGUCCCGGGGGCUUGGACAUGCUCAUCCCCUCCGUCUGCCUGCUGGUGCCCCCUCCCAACCCGCUCAGCAUCAGCCUGGCUAACAAGAAUGAGCAGUACUUUGAAGCCAUCAUGGGGAUCUGGAACCAGCUGUUCAUCAACAUCAAGAGCCUGAUUUCCUGGCGCUACUGCCUGCAAGACAUCGAGCGCAUCAACUCGCUCACCAUCACCAUGCUGGCCAAAAUGCGGCCGGACGAGUACCGCAAAAUCCUCAAGAGCCUGGAGACGCGCUACCAGGAGUUCAUGCGCAGCUGCGUGGGCUCGGAGAUGUUCGCCGACGAGGAUAAGGUGCAGAUGGAGCGCCAGUACACGGGCGCUCAGGACCACUACGACAAGCUGGUGGUGCAGCUGCCCACUUACAAUUCAGCCGGGCAACAAGUUCAGGUGGAGACCAUCCAGAGGCCUACCCAGACAGUGUUGGUCAGCACCCAGCCUCCGAGGCCAGUGAGCUCUGUCCUCAUCUCUUCCAAGACCACCACCACCAACGUUUCCCAGAGUCCAACGUCUCCCCCCCCAAACAAGGGCUCCUCCACUCCAGUUCCGAGUCCCACCCCGAGCUCCUCCCAGAGUCUCCAGAGUCUGACCCUGCUGUCCGAGCUCCACGCCCUCAGGCAGAAGCUGGAGUUGGCCGAGUCUGGCCUGACACAGCACAUCCACGUGCCCCUGGGGGAGAACAGUGUCCAUGAGUGUUCCCAGCGCAUGCUGAGCCUGGAGCAAAUCCACCAGAAUAUAGACUCAAUCCGCGACGAGCACGUGAGGCUGAGGGAGAAGAUUCUGAUCCAGCUGGAGGGGAUGAAGGACAUGGACAAGGCCAAAUUCCUGCGCACUGAGCUCAACCUCAUCAACCAGAAGAUAGGGAGUCUGGAGGGAUUUUCCACCAACUACAUACAGAGGCUGAAGUCACUGCAGGCUCUGCAGCAAAGCUUGUUGCAGGCAGAGGACAUCAUCAAGGUGCAUGAGGCCCGCCUGACCGAGAAAGAGACCUCCUCUUUGGAGCCGAGGGAACUGGAGGAUUAUCGGGCCGUGCUGAAGAGAAUGAAGCAGGAUCUGGACCAGAAGAGGGACGUCCUGAAGAAGCUGGAAAUGGAGCUUGGCAACACUGAGCACUGGAACAACCAGAUCAGCCAGUCCUUCCACAAGUGUGACGUGGACCUGUCCCGGUACCGGGAGCAGGUCACCCAGAUGAUCGACCGGUGGCGUCGCAUGCAGACCCAGAUCGACACCAGAAUGUGGGACCUGGAGAAGCAGCAGCAGCAGCUGAAAAAUUACAAGCAGACCAGCUCUCAGGUCAACAGCUGGAUCGGCGAUGUCCAACAGAGGCAGGACUCCCUGCUGUCCAAAAAGUUCAACGACCUCAAAACCCUCACUGAGCACCUCAACCAACAGAAGAUGCUCUACUCUGAAAUCAAAGGAAAGAAGGACAAAGUUGACGAUGUCGUGAGGGAUGCACACACCUGCGCAUCCUCAAUCGCGGACUACGAGGUGGAGCUGGCCUCAUACAGCGCAGGCCUGGAGACACUGCUCAACAUACCCAUCAAGAGAACCAUGCUGCAGUCUCCAACAGCCAUUGUCAGGGAAGAGGCUAUUGACAUCCAGUCCAGGUACAUCGAGCUCUUCACCCGUUCUGGUGACUACUACAAGUUCCUGGGAGAUUUGCAGAAGAAUAUGGAGGAGCUGAAGAUGAGUAACACCAGAAUUGAGCUUUUGGAAGAAGAGUUGAGGCGCUUGAAGGAGGAAGCUCAGGAUCGGGCCCAGAAGAACCGGUCACUGGAAGACUCCCUCUCUCGAUACCAGCUGGAGCUCUCCCAAUCCAAGGACCAACUCCUAUCCAUGGAGGAGGUCAAACGGACCCAGGCCUUACAGUGCAGCGCCGCCAAAGAUAACCUAGACAGCACCUACAGCCAGGUGAAGGACCUGGACGACAAGGUGACGCGCCUCACCUAUGCGCUCGACGAGGAGAAGAGGAAGCGUCGGCUGGCGGAGGAGAGGUACACCAACCAGCAGGACGAGUACGACCUCAUUGUCCGCAAGAGGCAGAAGGAGCUGGACGAUGUCAGCCGCUCCAAGCUGGAGAUCGAGAAGACUAUCAAGGAAAAGGAGCGAGAGAUCGAGAGGCUGCGGAUGCAACUGGAGGACGAGGAGGCUCGGAGGCGAACUUCUGAGUCUGAGCUAUCAAAGGUAAGGAAUCAGUAUAGCCAGGAGAUAAAUAACAUUAAGCAGACGUACGAGUCAGAGAUCCAUGUCACCAAGGUCAACAUCCAGAAGCUGUCCCAGAAGAAGGAUGAGGACUCGGUCGGCCUGAGGAUGGAGUAUGAGAGGCUAUUAAAGGAGAAAUCGGAACUGGAGGAGGAACUGAGAAAGAUCAGGCUGUCCCUAAGCCAGGCAGAGGAGAUGAGGAGGAAGGCGGAGGAGGAAGUGCGCGAACGAAAGACUGUAGGGACGGAGGAGGGGAGGAAGAGGAGGGAGCUGGAGAUCCAGAUUGAGACCUUCAUCAGGCAAAGGGAGGAGAGUGAACUGUGGCUGAAGGAGGCACAGGGGAAUGCUUCCAAGGCGACGCAGGAGAAGGACAAGGAGAUCACCCGGCUGAUGCAGGAGGUGGAGGAGGAGAGGCGUAGGAGGAGGGCCCUGGAGACGGAGAACGGCGGCCUCCGGAAUGUCCAGGCAGAACUCCAGGCCAAGCACACUUCCUCCAUGGAAGUCGUCAGCAGGAUAAAGGCAUCAGAGGAGGAGAUGGGUCAGGUCAAGGUGGAGCUGGAGAGGGAAAAGGCCGACAGAGCUAAGUGUGAGCAGCACAUCUCCAGGCUGGAGAUACGAAUCAAGGACCUGCAGCGGCAAACCGGCGAGCUGGAGGCCGAGGCUCAACGGCAGAGGGAGGCGGCCCAGAGCGAGGCCGCCCGGAGGAAGAAGGUGGAGACCGAUCUGGAGAGAUCCACCCUGGUCUGUAAGGAACACAUCACCACCAUCACCCUACUGAAAAAAGAGAAGGAAGAUGUGUCCAGCACCGGUCAGCAGGCCAAGCAGGAACUGCGGAGCCUCCAUGAGAGCCUUGACAAGACCAUGAGGGACUACAAAGCCGCUACAGAGAAGCUGGACAAGCUGACUGCCGAGCUGAAGGCCCUGCACCAGCAGCUGAACCAGGAGCAGGCGCGGGUCCGAGAGGCCAAUCUCCGCAACGAGACGCUUUACAAGACCAUUGAGGAGAAGAGCAAGGUGCUGAACGACAACAGCAGCGAGAUCCAGAAGCUCCAGGCCAUGACGCAGUCCCUGACUAAGGAACGACUCAGGCUGGAGGAGGAGCUGCGGGUCCUCAGGCAGGAGAGGGAUGAGCUGAAGAAGGGGAAGGAGAGUAUUGACAGCCAGACCUCCACCCACAUAUCCUCCCUCGAGGUGCAGCUACAGACCAGCAGCAAGAAAGCACUGGAGUUCCAGAGCCUCAUUAACGACCUGUCCAGGGAAAGGGACAAGUUGAGAGCGGAAAUCGAAAAAAUCCGAAAGCAAGCGGCUGAGUCAUCAGGUCUUAUGCAUGAGUCCCAGACACGCUACAAGGACCUCCUGCAGGAGAAGGAAACCCUCCUCCUCAGGAUCAAGACGGUGGAGCAAGAAAAGGGGCGGGCACAGAAGAACGAAGAUGAGCUGUCCCGCAUCCGGUUGUCCCUGGAGUCAGAGAUGCGGCAGAAGCAGCAUCUGCAGGAUGAGCUUGACCAGCUCCGGAAGGACUUCAAUUACUGGAAGAGCCAAUAUGAGCUGAAGGACGGGCUCCUCCGCCAGUGUGACACUGACAAAGGCAAGGCAGAGCGGGAACUCUCCUCCCUCAGGAGCGAGAUCGAGAGGUUAGCGGCCGAACUGAGGGCCGUGGAGGAACGGUACAAGGGCCGGCUGCAGAGCUCCGAACGGGAGGUGUCUGAGCUGACCCGGAUCAGAGAGGACCUGGAGAGGCAGCUCCAGCAGCUCCGGAUGCGCCUGGUAGAAUUGGAAAGCAGAACAGUGGUUGACCAUUCUGCGACCAUUACCUCGGCCGUCCCUAGCAAGUCUGUCAGUAACACAACUACCACUACCACGACUGUCACUACUAAAAAGACCUCAGGGAAAGAUAUGAAGGUGCCAGGGAUCCGUGGCGAGGUCACAAUCACUGAACUGGUAGAAUCCAACCUCCUGGAUGAUUCAGAUGUCAGGAAAAUUGAAGAGGGCCUGCUCACGAGCGAGGACAUUGAGAACAAGCUAAAGACAUAUCUGCAUGGGUCAGACUGCAUCGCGGGAAUCUUUGAUGAGAAGAAGAACAGGACCCUUCCCAUCUACCAGGCCAUGAAGGAGGGUCUUCUUCGCCCAGGCACCACCUUAGAGCUUCUGGAGGCACAGGCCGCCUCCGGCUUCAUGAUUGACCCCAUUAACAACCUAUUACUGACUGUGGAGGAAGCAUGGAAGAGGAACCUUAUUGGUCGGGAGUUCAAGGCCAAGCUGAUGUCAGCUGAGAGGGCUGUUACAGGUUACAAUGACCCACGCACAGGCAAAAUCAUCUCCCUCUUCCAAGCUAUGGAGAAAGGCAUCAUCGAGAAAGGGCAUGGAAUCCGCCUGCUUGAGGCCCAGAUUGCCAGCGGCGGUAUCAUUGACCCCAAAGAGAGCCACCGCAUUGAUGUGGAUGUAGCCUACCGCCGGGGAUACUUUGACGAAGAGAUGAACGAAAUCCUGUCCUAUGAAGGGGAUGACACAAAGGGCUUCUUUGACCCCAAUACUGAGGAGAACCUCACUUACCUGCAGCUGAAGGAGAGGUGCAUCACUGAUGAGAAGACAGGCCUGGUUCUGCUUCCGCUUUGGGACAAGUCAAAGUCUCGGCAACAGGGGAAGUCCUCGCAGAAGAACACACUUCGCAAGCGCAGGGUGGUGAUUGUUGACCCAGACACACAGAAAGAGAUGACAGUGCGCGAGGCCUACCACCGGGAGCUUAUUGACUACGAUACUUUCCUGGAGCUGUCAGAGCAAGAGUGUGAGUGGGAAGAGAUCACCAUCACAGCACCCGAUGGCUCCACCCGCCUGGUGGUGGUGGAUCGAAAGACUGGCAAGCAGUACGACAUCCAGGACUACCUGGACAGGGGCCUUCUUAGUCAGAAAUCUGUGGAUCAGUACCGCUCUGGGGCGCUCACCCUCACAGAGUUCGCUGACCAGAUCCUCAACAAGAGCAACAUGGAGCUGUCUAUAACGUCCACUAGUGCAGAGGAUGUGGCCACAUGCAGUAGCCCCACACAGCUUAGGCCCUCCUCCCCCACUGCCCGAAAACGCUUCUCCAGCAUCUCCAUAACCCUCUCUCCAGCAUCAGAGAUCCUGGAUGACCUGAGUCCCAUUGCUGCUAUCUUUGACACAGAGACUGUUGAGAAGAUCACCAUCCCAGAGGCCCAUCGCCGUGGGAUUGUGGACACCAUCACAGCACAGCGUCUUCUGGAGGCCCAGGCCUGCACGGGGGGCAUCAUCAACCCCGGCAAUGGCCAGAGGCUCACGCUGCAGGAUGCGGUCCACCAAGGUAUCAUCGACGAAGACAUGGCCGCCAAGCUGAAGCCUGCUCAGAAGGCCUUCCAGGGCUUUGAGGAUGUGAAGACCAAAAGGAAGAUGUCUGCAGCUGAGGCCAUGAAGGAGAAGUGGCUGCCCCAUGAAGCUGGUCAGAGGUUCCUGGAGUUCCAGUACCUUACUGGAGGCCUGAUUGAACCUGGGACUGGCCAGAAGGUGUCCAUUGAGGAGGCCAUCAAGAGAAACUGGCUGGAAGGGAGGGAGGCACGCAAGCUCCAAGACACGCGGCUCUAUAUCAAGAACCUGACCUGUCCAAAGACCAAGCUGAAGAUCUCCUACAAGGAAGCCUUGGACAACUGCAUGGUUGAGGAGAACAACGGGAUGAAGAUGAUCCAAGCCACCUCCAUCUCCUCCAAGGGUAUCAGUAGCCCGUACAACGUGCGCUCCAACUCCGGGUCCCGCUCCGGUUCUCGAGCCGGAUCCAGAACCGGGUCCCGCAGGGGCAGCGUGGACCUUACAACCUCCAGCGCCUUCAGCUUUUCCUCCAGCAGCUUCAGCAGCAGUGCCUUUUCUUAAAAUCUCCUUAAGAAUGGGUUUUUGAGGAUGACCCAUACCAUGGGCGUGUUGUCUUUGUGUCCACAUUGAGAAACUGGUGCACUGAAACUAGGGGUGGAAGGCAGGUGGGGGGGUGUUUGGGACACAUGAUUCCACAAUAUUUAGUUAUGCCUAGUUGCAAACUGGUAUCAUUUAGUAAUAAGUCUAAAAAUGCUUACUUUGAUUUAGCUCAGCAUAUACCCAGCUUCUGACGUUAAUGCAUUUAAUGUGUCGAUGCUUUUUUUUUUUCACUUGGGGUGAUGAGGAAUAUGGAAAUAUGAUUGAAAUGUUUGGCGUAGCAGUUUGAAUGUGUUUUAAGCUUUUUAUGAAAAGAAAUGAGAAGGUGGGGAACCAUGUGGCACAGUCCGUAGGUUGGUUGAUUGUCAAUCUGUACACUAAUUCCCUGUGCAGCCGGGGGUUCGAUUCCCCACCCUGGCACUUUCUGCACUGUGUUCCCAUUUUUAUCUGUUACUCUCUCUGCAUUCUCCCUGUCUUAAAAGGGAAAAAUAUAUAAGGAGGAAAGGAGGAUGCACUGCCUACUCUCCUUUUUUAAAACAAAAAAGAAAUGAAAAUGCACAUGAGAAUUGAGCACACUUUCUGUAUUUUAAGCACCUUUGGAUCAUUAUAACAUAAUACUACUUAAGUCUUGACACUUGUCUUUAUUCUGUUUGUUAAUGUUUUUUUUUAACAGUUAGUGCCUUUUCUAUGGAGCUGCACACUCUAAAAACAAUACUUUUACACAAUAAACGUUUCAGUUUCCUAUAAGUAGCCAUAGAAAUAACCAAACACAUUACCGCAAAUGCACUUCUGACUUCUAGGCGUAAUUUUUCCAUAAUGGAACGUGCUUUUGUAUGUAUUUCUAAAAAAAAUAAUAAAAGAAAUAAAUGUUUUAAAACACUGA